AUGGCAAAGCCUCUACCCCUUAGUUUUCUCGCCUAUUUCAUCGGGGUUGGCUUCCCCUUUGUCGUUCUUCCUGCUGUAGAAGCCUGCCGUGAUGGUCGCAGUCUUCUCAUUGCAUACCCCGCCAUCUGGGGUUUGCUUUCUCAAACGAUGAGUGUUGGUGCGACAAUGCCUAUAUACUGGCUGGCUUUUCUUCUUUCCCGACGGCGUGGUCUGUCGAAAGGUGCUGGCUCGUCCGAUACGAGGGGUGCAAUCACACAGGCGCAUGCAGAAGCUAUCGUUUUUGGUGUUCUCAUUGGCGCGAUAGUUCCUACCAUAUCCAUGCUCAUUCUGAAUGAUCCAACCGUCACAGCGAUUUGGCAGCCAUACCCGAUUUACGUCUCUCUCGCUCAUGCACUCCAUUUAUUUUUUCGUCCACCAUCUCAACAUCCCCAGUCGGGAUACCCAACAAUCCGUGUUUUAUAUUUGGGUUGUUUCAUCAUCGCAUCCUCUGUCCACAUUUCGACAAUCUGGCCAAUAAAGAAUGAUCUCGCGGCGAUCAAAUCAAUGUUUUUCCCUUCACCAGUUGCUCUCAAUGUCUCAGAUGUUUCAUUGCAAACCCUUGACUUUUUACAGUGGGAUUUUGUCUUUGGAUCUGUGUCUACCGCCGUAGCUACUUUGUGGUUUGCUCAAAAUUUGGGGCAGUUGUUCAGGAUGGUCGUUUGGUAUAUGAUGGCUAUUCCCUUGGUCGGCUUUGGUGCUGCCAUCAUGGGUGUGGCUCUGUGGCGAGAGCAAUUUCUAAUUAGCUAG